AUGGAAAAGAGCGAGACGCAGACUCCAAAUCACCGGGCCAGCACCGAGCCAGCACCGAGCCAGCACCGAGCCAGCACCGAGCCAGCUCCGAGCCAGCACGGAGCCAGCACGGAGCCAGCACGGAGCCAGCUCCGGGCCAGCUCCGAGCCAGCUCUGAGCCAGCUCCGAGCCAGCACCGAGCCAGCACGGAGCCAGCACGGAGCCAGCACCGAGCCAGCUCCGAGCCAGCACGGAGCCAGCAAGGGGCCACCACGGAGCCAGCACGGAGCCAGCAUGGAGCCAGCACCGAGCCAGCUCCGAGCCAGCACGGGACCAGCAAGGAGCCAGCACGGAGCCAGCACGGGGCCAGCUCCGAGCCAGCUCCGAGCCAGCUCCGAGCCAGCACGGAGCCAGCAAGGAGCCAACACCGAGCCAGCACCGAGCCAGCACGGGGCCAGCACCGAGCCAGCAAGGGGCCAGCACGGAGCCAGCACGGAGCCAGCAUGGAGCCAGCACCGAGCCAGCUCCGAGCCAGCACGGGACCAGCAAGGAGCCAGCACGGAGCCAGCACGGGGCCAGCUCCGAGCCAGCUCCGAGCCAGCUCCGAGCCAGCACGGAGCCAGCAAGGAGCCAACACCGAGCCAGCACCGAGCCAGCACGGGGCCAGCACCGAGCCAGCAAGGGGCCAGCACGGAGCCAGCACGGAGCCAGCAUGGAGCCAGCACCGAGCCAGCUCCGAGCCAGCACGGGACCAGCAAGGAGCCAGCACGGAGCCAGCACGGGGCCAGCUCCGAGCCAGCUCCGAGCCAGCUCCGAGCCAGCACGGAGCCAGCAAGGAGCCAACACCGAGCCAGCACCGAGCCAGCACGGGGCCAGCACGGAACCAGCAUGGAGCCAGCACAGAGCCAGCACAGAGCCAGCCCCGAGCCAGCCCCGAGCCAGCUCCGAGCCAGCUCCGAGCCAGCACUGAGCCAGCAAGGAGCCAGCACGGGGCCAGCUCCGAGCCAGCACUGA